ACCAUGGCAUCGGGGUGGCCCUGCUGGGUCCUUCUGCUGCUCCUGCCUGCCCCGGCCCACGCCGGCGGGCCUGGCCCCGUCCUCGUCAACCGCCCCUUCGUCACCAUCUGGAACAUCCCCACCGAGCGCUGCGCCAAGAAGUACAAUGUCACCCUCAACUUGGAGAUCUUUGAUGUGUUGGCCAACGACCAGCAGUCCUUCAUCGGGCAGGACAUCACCCUCUUCUACAGCAAGGAACUGGGGCUCCUCCCCUACUACACAUCCGAGAGGAUGCCAGUGAAUGGGGGGCUUCCCCAAAAUGCCAGCCUGCAGGCCCACCUCCACCACGCCACCCGGGACAUUGAGGUCAUCCUGCCCAGCCCUGCCUACAGCGGGCUGUCCGUCAUUGACUGGGAGAAGUGGCGCCCGCUGUGGAUCCGCAACUGGGGCUCCAUGGACAUCUACUGGCAGAAGUCAGAGGAGCUGGUGCGGCAGCAGCACCCACAGUGGCCCCCCAAGCUGGUGAAGGAGAUGGCCAAGCGGCAGUUUGAGCAAAGCGCCCGCAACUUCAUGGAGCAGACCCUGCAGCUGGGCAAGACCCUCCGUCCCGACAGCUAUUGGGGUUUCUACGGCUUCCCCAACUGCUACAACAAUGACUUUGACAGCCUGCCCUACACCGGGACGUGCCCGGUGGUGGAGCAGCAGAGGAACAAGGAGCUGUGGUGGCUCUGGGAGAGCAGCCGGGCGCUCUACCCCAGCAUCUACCUGCCCCCUCGCUUCAACGGCACCAACAAGGCACUCGCCUACGUCCGGCACCGCGUGGCCGAGGCCUUCGCCGUCCAGCGUGGCAUCCUCAAUGAUGGCAUCCCCGUCCUGCCCUACUCCCAGAUCGCCUUCGACUGCACCGUCGACUUCCUCUCCCAGGAGGACCUGAUGAACACCAUCGGGGAGACUGCGGCUCAGGGCGCUGCUGGCAUCAUCCUCUGGGGCAGCCUCAACUACAGCACCUCCAAGGAGAUGUGCCUGAGGCUGAAGGGCUAUUUGGAGGGGCCCCUGGGCCACUACAUCGUCAACGUGACGGCCAGCGCUGAUAUGUGCAGCCAGAGCCUGUGCUCUGGCCAGGGCCGCUGCGUGCGCCAGGAGAACAAGCAGGGCUUCCUCCACCUCGACCCCUUCCGCUUCACCAUCGACCUGCAAGUCGGCAAGCCCUGGCUUGUGGCCCAGAACCUGGAGUCCGGUGACGAUGUCUCCCGGCUGGCCGAGGAGUUCACCUGCCAGUGCUACGACAAGUGGCAGGGACCCCGCUGUGACACCCAGGGCUUCGCCAAGUGACCUCCCCCCCACACACACACCCCGGGGACACCUGGGCAGGCAGGGUGACACCACCCUGCGCCCCAGCACCCUCGCCGUGGGGUUAGGAACCUGACUGUGGGGAUGCUAAUAAAACCAGUAGGCACCCGCAA